AAUGACAACAACAUACAAUAAAAAUUCAAUCUCAGUUUCGAAAGCAUGGACGCCAUUGAUUCAGUGUUCGAACCUCUCAGAGGGUUUUCCAAGGACAGCGUAAGGCUUGUCAAGCGUUGCCAUAAACCGGAUCGCAAAGAAUAUUUCAAGGUUGCUGUUAGUACUGCAAUCGGAAUUACGGUUAUGGGAUUCGUUGGCUUCUUCGUCAAGCUCAUCUUCAUUCCCGUUAACAACAUCAUCGUCGGAUCUGGUUAGGAUGAUGAUAGCCACAAUCACACACACAGUUUUAAAGCAAAUGGUAGCAGGAGUUCUUCCCACAUCAACUUUUUGUUAAUUAUAGUUCUGCUGUAUAUCACUUUUUGUUUUCCAUCCUUGGUGUCUUUUGGGAACAUUACAGUUUUAAUUUAAAUUUAACCUUUCUUUAACAUGUGUUAGAAUUGGCACCGUUUAAUUUAGCCCUGGUCAGGGGGAAAUAUUUGAUUGAUUUACAUGUAA